UGAUAGAGGUCUAUAAAAUCGUGCCUGGUGUGGAGAAAGUGGAGAGAGAGAAAUUCUUCUCCCAUCACACUAGAACCAGGGGUCAUCCCAUGAAAUGGAUAUCCAGGAAAUUUAGGGUCAACAAAUGGGAGUAUUUUUUCACACAAUGCGUAAUCAACUUGUGGAAUUCUCUGCCACAAGAUGUGGUGACAGCCAACAAGCUGGAUGGCUUUAAGAGGGGUUUGGAUAACUUCAUGGAGGAGAGGUCUAUCGACGGCUACUAGUCGGAGGGCUACAGGCCACCUCCAGCCUCAAAGGCAGGAUGCCUCUGAGUACCAGUUGCAGGGGAGUAACAGGAGGAGGGUGCGCAUGAAUCUACUUCUGCCUGUGGCUUCCAGGGGCAUCUGGUGGGCCACUGUGUGAAACAGGAUGCUGGACUAGAUAGGUGUUCUUGGGCCUGAUCCAGGAGAGUUCCUGAGCCUGCACAAGCCUAUCUGUUUGCCAUUCCCUCCCAUUAUUUUAUUUAUUUAUUUAUUUAUUUAUUUACAUUUUAUAUCCUGCUCUUCCUCCCAGGAGCCCAGAGGAAGUACUAUAUACUUAGGUUUCUCUUUCACAACAACCCUGUGAAGUAGGCGAGGCUGAGAGAGACGUGACUGGCCCAGAGUCACCCAGCAAGUCUCAUGGCCGGAUGGGGAUUGGAACUCGGACCUCCCCGGUCCUAGUCCGGCACUCUAGCCACUACACCACGCUGACAGGAAACCCCUUCCCCCCCCCCCCGACAACUAAAUUGGGAAACUGGUCCCUUGGAUGGGAGCCAACUGGUUUGAAACUGGUUUAACUGGCACAGUGUGUAGACAUGACGGGAAGGGAGAAUGUAGCUGUGCAGCCGGGAGUGGGAGGAGCUUUGCACAGGUGUGGCCAGGUGCGGCUGUCAUAAUGAUGCUUGUUGCGCAUCCAUGUUGCCAUGGGCGGCGGGGAGAGGGCACACAUGUCAUAAUGGAGGCCUUAGGCAUUUAAAUCCACAGGGCCUGGCACUCAGGGCUCACUUUGCCCCAGAGGUGGCACUGCCCGAAGAAACCUUGUAGCCCCAGGAUUGCCCUUGCCCUUUCUCAGACCCCCAAGGGGAAGCUGCGACACUGCCUCUACCUGGCCUUGCCCCCCCAUCCCCUAUUUAUUCUAUCUGUACAAGCACCAGCUUAAGUAUCGUCAGAAAAUGACACCCUUUGACAGGAGCGCAAGCCUUACUCAGCAUGAGAGCUUGAGUCUUAGGCCCCGGUACUGCCUGCAGUGUUCCGAGUACGGGGGCAGUUGCCCAAACCAACAGAGGAGGACCAGUGGAGAAAACGGUGCAAGCUUCGAAGAGGUAUACAAGGCUGGUAAUCUGACAGUAUUUGCGGGCAAACGUGGGCACCCCGAUCAACCAGUCCAGUUGGACUUCCAUUUCAAAGUUGGUAGCCAGGAUACCGCUCACUGGCACGGCCUUCUCCGAAGGGACGCACUUUUCCUCGACACUCCGCACAGAGUCCUGGAAUUCAGCAGCCGUGAAAGCCUGAUUGCAACGCUGGAAUACGUGGAAGAAAAGACAGAGGCGGACCUGGUGUUUGUGAACUUCCAUAAGGCUCGUAGUGACCGUGGCAACUUGCUACGGGCCUUCGGUUUCCUGGGAUUUGAACUCGUGCGGCCCGAUCACCCUGCCCUGCCGCCCUGGGAGGAUGUCAUCUUCAUGGCCUACCAUAUGGAACGAGAACCUUUCCAAGACUGGGAGCGUGAGGCCCCCAAGCCGGGCAGUUCUCUGGGACAGCAUGGGCCCAAACCAGUGGAUGGGGCCCUUGAGCCACCUCGACAGGGAACAUGAGACUCGGCACCUUGACCGUUUCUCCACUAGGGGGCAAUAAACAGGCUUGAACUUUCCAAAGUCUCGUGAAUGAAUUGGAAGGAUGAGUUAGACGUUUCUACCGUUAUCUGUGAAAUUAUUGGGAACGGAAGAUCCACGAAUAACGAGAGCAUAUAUGAAUAGGUAUAAGCUCCUAACCUUCUCCUGUGCAGAGAACGCUAUAGGGGGAAUUACAUGUAAGUAAGUAAGCCCUCAGCCCUUUUUG